CGUUUGCUAAAUAUUUAUAUAUUUCAGUUACUUAAUUAAUUGAAUUUCAAACGAUUCUUUCACCUUUUUUUAAUUGCAAUUUGCUUUGACAAAGACAAACUCAACAUGAACACUUCACCAAGUUUAUCAUCAUUUCCAACCUAAUCUUCAUCUCUCUUUACGGCUUAACUCUUAUCUCAUAUUUUUACUUUACAUAUAUUUAAGCCAAUCUAUAAAAUCACCUUUCACUUAUAUUUUUUUAUGACUUACCUUUGGCCUCAUUAAGCACACCUUUUUUUCACUAUAGCCUCCAAAACAAAUAAAAACAUGUUUGGAUUAAUUGAUAAAAUCUAUAUAUCCAGUCAAAAUCGAUAUAAGUUGAAUUUGAUGAGAAGGGAUAAUUGAAGAAAUUUGAGGUUUGAAGAUAGAUUUGUUAAAAGUGGCGAACCAAAGAGAUUCAGGAAAGUUUGGGAGGUUGAGUGAGGAAGAUGAGAAAGAGGAAGAAGGAUUGAGACAAGAUAGUGGAUUGAACAACCAGCAACCUUUGCAGCAGUAUGGGUUGGGCCAGGCCCAAACUGAGUGGGCCCAAGUCCAACAAGGAAGUGGUUUUUAUCCUAUGAAUAUCAUGUCAGGUUUUGUUCCUGUCUCUUCUUCUAAUUCUCCUCGUAUGUAUUCUUCUGGUGGUUCUGGUUCUAGUUCAUGGGUUGGGCAGAAAAGAGGCCGUGAAGAUGAUGUUCGUAAUGAUGCAGUUGUUGGUUCUUCUUCUCAUCAAGAUAUCACCACAGUUCAUAGAAACAUGGCUGAUUUCAGAUUAUCUACUUCUCAUGAAAACUCAUCAUCAGGGACAGAACCAAAUGCAACUACAACUACACCUUCAAGUACAAGUAAUGCAACACAGUCUAGUGAAGCAGCAUCGACAAAUGAAGAAGAAACCGGAGAGAUAAGAAGAAGAUACAGAGGAGUUCGACAGAGACCAUGGGGAAAAUGGGCAGCAGAAAUUCGAGAUCCACACAAAGCAGCAAGAGUAUGGCUCGGAACAUUCGACACUGCAGAAGCUGCAGCAAGAGCUUACGAUGAAGCUGCAUUAAGAUUCAGAGGAAACAGAGCGAAACUCAACUUCCCUGAAAAUGUUACUGCAACUCAACAACGAACUUUUCCGGCGUAUACUUCGUCUUCAACCGUAUCUGUUUCUCAUUCAACAUAUUAUUCGCCUGCACUACCGCAAAUGCAGCCACAACAACCACAACAAUUUGUUCAAUUUCAAGACUCUUCUGAGUUGUUAAGAGAUAUUUAUCAGUAUUCUCAGAUUCUGAAAGGUUCUGGUGAUCUUCAAGGACUUGAUCAAUGGUUCUAUGAACCGCAAAUGGCGGCGAUUCAUCCAUCUUCUGCCAUGUUAUCGUCAACUCCAUCACUUUCCUUGUCACCUUCUUCAUCUUCAACUACAUUUUCACCUUCCAGUCAAUUAUCCUCUGCUUCACUUCCUCUGUUUCCAGGUCAGCAAAUGGAGUUUUUCGGGCAGCCAGGCGAUCACUCUCGUAGCAGAGGAUACGGUGGUGGUAGCUCCCAUUUACCACCUUCAACAUGGUCAGAUACUGGUGGCUAUCCUCCUCCUCCACCGCCACCUUCAUCUGGUUGAUAUAAUACAAAAGAAUAUUUAUAUUAAUAUACACAUCAAGGUUUAAAAAUCGAUCGCGUUGCGUGGUUGCAGAUAGACUUUUGCGAUUUCGAUUGAUACACAUGUUCAAACACGGAUUGCACUCGUGAAUUAAUAUAAAAACGAUGAAUAACAGUAUCAAUAUUUCACUCGGUGUGUAUUAAUAUAAAAACGAUGAAUAACAUAUCGGUAUUGACUUAUUGACUUUUGCCGAUACCGUUUUGUCGCAUUUAGGAAGAA